UGUUGUGGGUCUCCUACGGUCCGUUCGCUAGCGUCGUCGCUGGCGCUGUUGAGCAUUGACGUAAUAAUAAUAUGGCGACUAUAAACAAAGGCAGACCGAGAGAUCCCGCCUCGUCGACUUUCAACCACAGAUACAAUCUUUUUUUCUUUCAUUUUUCUCGUUUUCUUCUUCUUCCUCCCUCCAACGAACUAAACCAACUCGUGAAGUUCGAAUCAUCUCCUCUGCUUCUAUACUUCGUGUUCUUCUAAAAAUGGCUUCUUUGGAGUUGCAAAGCAGCUCCUCCGAAACAGCUCAAAAACCGCAGUCCCAAACAUCACACGACGAAUCAAAUAUAGUGAAGACGAAGACGUCAAAGACAGCGUCUAAAAAGAGAUCUUUUGUGCCGAGAAUCGGCUGUUUCAGAUCAGAACCCGACGUGGAUGGUGGACCGAGUCCGGUGACUGAGUCCGGUAAUAACGGAGACCACCACGUUCCGACUCACCUUGUCGUCAUGGUCAAUGGCAUCACAGGGAGUGCUAGAGAUUGGAAAUACGCAGCAAAACAAUUUCGCAAAAGAUUUCCCCAAGAUAUUCUCGUGCAUUGCAGUGAGUGCAAUUCCUCAAUGUUGACUUUUGAUGGUAUUGACAUAAUGGGAGAGAGAUUAGCAAACGAGGUACGAUCAAUCAUAGAACAUAAUCCAGGGCUUCAAAAUAUUUCCUUUAUAGGUCAUUCGUUGGGUGGUCUGGUGGCACGAUAUGCUAUUGGUAGGCUUUAUGAGCAAAAUCUUACAAAACAACUUUCUGAAGGAAAUGGAGAUUGUAAAACUGAUGGUGAUGGAAAUCCAUGCCUGGAUGAGAAAUCAAAGGGCAAAAUAGCUGGAUUGAAACCCAUGAAUUUUGUAACGUUUGCAACGCCACACCUUGGUUCAAGAGGGCAUAAACAGGUUCCACUAUUUUGUGGUCUUUAUAUUAUGGAAAAAACAGCAUCUCAUAUGUCAUGGAUUCUAAGGAGAACUGGAAAACAUCUCUUCCUGACUGACAGUGAGAAUGGAAAGCCUCCUCUCCUUCUUCAAAUGGUCAAUGAUUAUGGAGAUCUUCCAUUCAUGUCUGCUCUGCAAUCAUUUAGGCGUUGUGUUGCUUAUUCAAAUACAUGUUUUGAUUGCCUUGUUGGGUGGAGUACAUCAUCAAUACGCCGAAAAGUUGAGCUACCAAAGUGCAAGCAUCCUCCAAAGAAUGAGAAAUAUCCACAUAUAGUAAAUGUUGAAGCACCAAAAAUUUCCAGUACUGAGAAAGAAGCCAUUUUCGAGGCCAAUGUUAAUGAACACAAGACUAUUAACAUGGAAGAGGCAAUGAUUAGGGGUCUCACAAAAGUGAGUUGGGAACGAGUCGAUGUUAGUUUCAAAAGAAGUAAACAGAGAUUUCUUGCACACGGUACCAUUCAGGUGAACACUUAUUGCGUCAAUUCUGAUGGUGCCGAUGUGAUAUCCCAUGUUAUUGAUAAUUUUCUCCUGUAACAUUAAAAAAUCUCCUCUUGUUUAUUUCUAACAGCAAUUUCAUUGCAAAAUCGAGGUAUAAAUGUAUCCACUAUCCUUCAUUCUUUUUUAAAUGUAAGAACAAGAAACAGUGAGGAGAUUUAUAUUAUUAUUCCUUGUAU